GACCUCAGUCACACACUAACUAGAGCACAAUGAGGAUCUGUAUCUUGAUAACAGCUUCACUUCUCUGCAGCCUCGUUUGGAUCUCCUUCUCAGGUUUGAAGUCUCAGACUGUGGAGGUCCAGUCUGGUGAUGAAGCCACACUGCAGUGCUCCAACUUUUCCAUUGUUCCCUCAGAGAUCAUCUGGUUCAGACUGAACAGAAGUGAGCCUCGCUGCAUCUCCCAUAUGUUUAGGUCUUUUGAACCUGCUACAUUCUGCAGUGGAUUCAAAGAUGGAAAAUUCAACAUGACAUCAAACAUCUCCACUGUCUUCCUCAACAUCAAACAAGUGGAUUUGUCUGACUCUGGACUUCAUUUUUGUGGAUAUUAUGUGAGCAGAUAUCCACUGAUUGUUGAUGCAACAUUUUUAGAGGUUCAAGAAGUGAAUUAUGAAAUGAUAAAGCUGGUGAACGUGGUCCUGGUUGGUCUGAUUGUUUUCAUGGUGAUGAUCGUCAUUUGUCUGUCUGUUAAAAUCACAUGGCUUCACAAAGCUCUUAAUGAAGAAAUGGACCCACAACAGGACGAGAAUCUUGGCGCAGACGGCCUGAUCUAUUCGGCUGUGACUAUUCGUCCAAAAACCAAGAGAAACCUCAGGCCUGACCCCGACAGAGAAGACGACAAGGGUUGUAUUUAUUCAGGCACCAGAUAGACUCAGGAAGCACCUGCAACCGCAGCUAAAAUAAAACAUAGGAACUGAUGCUUUAUAAUUAAUGUGAUGGUGUGUUUCAAAGUGGUUACUAGAAGUACAAAACAAAUUCCAAAUAAUGUCGAGAGCGAACCUGAGCAAACCACUAGGCCAAAUGUGUUGUUGGUUCCUCAUAAUUAUCAAAUAGAAACCUCUUUGUGAUGGUGAAGGAUACCUACAUCCUCCCCACACCACAAACAAACUGUUGGGGAUACAUUUUUGGUCUGACUCUCCUUUCUUUGUCAAUGCCAAGGUCAUCAUUUUGAUUGUUAUGCUGACGAUACACAGGUUUAUCUGUCCAAUGAACUAUAUCUUGCAGGAGGUCUGAUGUAUAAAGAGAGACCUCACAAACUAGAGCACAAUGAGGAAAUGUAUCUUGAUAACAGCUUCACUUCUCUGCAGCCUAAUUAUUUGAGCGCAGAGAGUUUCUUUCCUUUUAUUUCCUUCAACCUCAUUGAACGAAACCAGACAGCCCACUGGUACCUGAAGAAGAAUAAACCCACUCUAGCAACUAGAAAGACAAUAGAGCCUCUUGUUGAGGAUCAGACUUCAUGGUGCCUUUUCCCUCUCCCUGUGCCAUGGAAAGCUACCUGAGUCUGUUGAUUUCAACAUUCAACAGAUUGAAGAUCAACCUAACCUUGCACCGAUCACCAGGAAAGUGAUUCCAAGUAAGGCUUUUGUCUGGGCAGAAUACUUUAGAAGCUUUUAUUUAUAACAACUGAUAAUUGUGCAUUAUUGUUGACUGAACGUCACAUUCUGUUUAUUAUCUGCUGUAAGCUGCUGCAUUUGUUUUAUCUUGGCUGCAUCUCUGUGAGAAGCCUCAUUUGAGUUAUUCACUGAGAUCACAAAGAGACCUAAAGGACUCUUACUCCCAGAAUCCCCUGCAAUACUUCACACCUACGUGUGAAGAAAGGGGGGGACCGGAACCUCUCUCUUCUCUUGGAGGGGACCUGAGGUAGACCCCCCAUGAAGCAGGCCAGGCUACAAAGCUCCAAGACUUCUAUUGUUCUUUCUCUUUCCACGCGCUGACUUCAAGUGUUCGGAGACCCAAGCUCACCUCCUGUUUUCUGCAACCAUCUUCCUGUGUUUUAAGUUUUGGCGCGCAGGUAAUCCGCGGCCGGCAGUGUUCUAAAUUCCGAGCUCGGAUUGUCCAGUUAACGCAUCUCAGUUUCUCGGAGAGCGUCAGACUAUAACAUAUUAUCAGAAAGAUAACGGUCUUAUUCCGUCCUGCAACGAAAGGACAUCAACGGACAUCUUUCCACUCGACGGAGAACCAAUGAAGCCGAAAGUGACCCUCGCCGCCAUCAAACGCCUCUGCACCAGGACGGACAGAAGAUCUGUUCCAUUGCCGGACUCUUUUUCCUUCACCAAUCGCGGUCAAAGCGAUUCACAAGUGAGGCUUAAUUAGGUCUGGGCAGAAUUAGCUUUAGAGAGUGUUUAUGACAAUUGAUUGAUUUGAUGUGAAACUGUAAUUUUUAUCUUUGUUGGACCGCCGCGUCCUGAGUUUUACCUGUUUAAAACUCUUGUUGUUGUCUCGGACCGCUGCGUCCCAUAUGUGUUUAGCGUAACAGCGUUAUAACCGGGUAUUAUUCUUCUGAUCAGAAAGGCCAGAGUAAGCCGUAUUAACUUGAAUUCGGCCAUUGGUUUGUUUCUGUGAAUGAAGGGAAUUACUCCGAGUUGUGGCGCGGGAUUCGGACUGUGAUCCGGCCUCUACAGGCAUGCAUUUCUCUCCUCCUCUACUCUCCUCUUUUCUCCCCUUUUACUAACACACACAGACACAUACACACACACACACACACACAUAACACACAUAUACACAUAUUCCCGUGUAGAUGCACAUCUGGAGACUAACUCUACCACCGCGCCAUUACACACAUAGGCUACACACACACACACACACACACACACACACACACACACAUAGAGAUCUGUACACUCGCGGCCAUUCAAACGCCUCAGAGACACAGAUCGUGUAGGGCCGAACUCGGUCUCUUUUAGACAUUAAGGCCACGUUAGGUCUUUGUUAGGUGUGCGCCAUCGGAAAGGCGACCACGUGGGACGAAGCAAUUUCCCCCCUUUUUCCCCUCCUCUCUCACACACACACACACACACACACACACACACACACAACUACACUUUUACACCUCAUCCACAAGCCUUGCUUGAUAAUGUUUGUUGCUUAGAUUAGUUUAUAAUAGUUAUUGGUUUGAUUAAGUUCAUUGAUUUUGGAUUGAUGUUGCUUUGUUUAAAUAAAUUCUGUUAUAAUUUUAA